GAAAACAAACAGCAAAUGAUUAUCCAGUUCUUUCGAAAGAAACGCUGCGAAACCAAGUUAGUGGUAUUGACAGGACAAAUGAAGAGACUGCUACUUCAACUUCACAAUUGCCUCGAAACGACCUUGCAGCAAUGUUGAUAUGGAUCACGCAGAAACAAGCAAAAAACGAAAGGGAGACUUUAUUAGGCAGUAUGAUAAGAAGUAUUUGGAGCUAGGUUUCACUAUUGCUCCCAACAGCAAAAAAGUGGCGCUUCUCAUGUGCCUAGUAUGCGCCUAAAUUUUUGUGGAAGUCAACGCUUUACUUCGCCUUGUAGAAACUUAAUUAGAACCGCGUUUAACGCGUAUAAUAUCAAAAAGACAGCAGCAAGUUUCUCAUUAAAUUGAAUUGUCCUUUUUAACACCGCCUACUUUUGUCACAAUUGCAUUCUUUUGAUUAUGUUUUGUGUUCAUGACAUUUUUGGUUAAUUUUGAAGUUCCGCCGGUCCGCAAAAUUUGUUUUGAAAUUUUAUCGGUCCUCGAACUAAAAAUAAGUUGAGAACCACUGUGCUAGACUGGUCAUUUGAUGCGACAGAGGCAACUGCGACAGAGGGAAAAGCAACAACGAAUAAAAUAUUGCAGAAACACAAAACGGAUGUAAAACAGUCCAAUUUACAGAAAUCUACAAAUAUGCAGACCAUGACUUGUACGAUGUUAUCGAAUUUGCAGUAGCCGACUAGACCGUCGGCUUCAAUAAAUUCUAUAUCAAUCAAUCCACAAACUGUUUCAUUAUGUAUAGCAAUAAAUUUGACCCUGCAUUUAGUCUAUUAGGUUAUAUGCGAUAAUCGGUCAAAAUACAUUCAGGUCAGACAAUGUUUAAUCUCGUGCGGUGACAGGUAAUUGUCGCGACACAGUAAACAGUGAGGUGUGCUCGUAAAGCUGGCUGUACAAAGUUGCUAUUUUGCAUCACGCGAAGUGAAGAAAAUAUUAGAAUGGAAAGAAAGGAAACUGAAGCUAGAACAUCAGUCGUACGUAAUCAUUUCUUAGGAUAUUUACUUGGAGUGUUUUUGAGAUAUUCAUCAUACAGUGCAAUAUUGAAUCUACAGUCGAGUAUUAAUAUAGAAGAUGGAUUAGGCACGAUUUCUUUGUCUACGUCAUACAUAUCCUGCAAUAUAUUUCUUGUAUUUUUCACCACAAUACUUUUGAGAAAAUUUGGAGCGAAGAAAUGUUUGAUAGCAAGUGAAGUUACCUACAUAAUUUACAUUCUUGCUAAUCUCUAUCCCGAAUUUUACACCCUGAUACCAGCAGCGAUUCUAGUUGGAGCUGGCGAAGCAACGAUAUGGUCAUCAAUGACUUUGAUCAAUUUCUAUUUUGCCACAAAAUAUGCGACUCUGAAAAAACACAAAAAUAAAGAAAACGAUUACUUUGUCAAUCUUUACUCGGGAUAUUUUUUCACCUGUAUUCAGUUUUGCCAGAUAUUUGGCAACCUCAUCGUGUAUGCAGUGCUCUACGCAUUCGUUGAUUCUGAGUCAAACGACACACAAAACACUGAAAAUUUCACAACUACUCAAUCGUACUCGGAUUCUGACAAAAUGAUGUUCUGUGGAUCUAAUGAUUGCCAGGAUAGCACGGCGGUCGAUGAGUCUUUGAAUCAAUACAUUCCAACGAAUAACGUUUCUUUGAUUAUACUCAUAUCCAUUUUAACAUUUAUGUGCUUCACAUCUAUGAUUUGCCACUGGUAUUUUAUAUCUGAAGAUGUUACUGUUGUAGUUAUAAGCGAAGUUAUAGAUAAAGCUAAAUCCGAAACUAGUGAAAAUUAUGUAAAUUUGGCCUUCGAAGUACAGGCGGACGAAAUACUCAACGACUCAAGUCAACGAAAGAAAGAUGAUGUGGAUAUUGGUGAUAAUAAAAAAUGUACCAGUGUCACCAAAUCAAACUCGAAUUCUAGUUUUAAAAGUAUAAACAAGGAAGAAAUAUUCUCAGAGGUCUUCUAUGAUAAGAUUCAUUCAUCGGAAAAUCUAAAUCCGGCACGCUAUGAAGCAGACGAAACAUUUGGAGGAGGUUAUUUGAAGUCUUUGAAGGAGUUGGGAAAACACACGGUAAAAACCACGCAGUUGUUAUUGAUACCCAUAACAUUGUACUUGGGUCUGUUGGAGGCAUUCGUUUUCUCAGAGCUAACGAGGGCAUUUUCUUCGUGCGUUGUUGGUGUAGAAAUGGUAGGAAUACAUAUGGCAACUUAUGGGUUUUCUGAUGCCGUUUUAUCUUACGUUGUUGGGAAAGUCGGGAAAAAAAUUGGACGAAUUCCAUUUUUUGUUUUUUCAAUGGUUGUUGACUUUGGAAGUUAUGCAUAUUGUCUUUGGUGGGACCCAAAUCUCGAAUCAGCAUGGUCAAUCUUCAUAAUAUAUUUUGCUUUCGGAGUAACGGAUGGAAUAUGGCAAACAUUGACAAAUGUACUGUACCUUGAAUAUUUCGAAGGAAGUCACGAUGUUGCAGUCACAAGCUGGGUUUUAUGGUCAACCUUGGGCUAUGCUUUACAAUUUGGGUGGAGUACGAAGCUCUGUGUAAACGUAAAGAUUUAUAUCCAGGUUGGAACGCUCAUCGUAGGAAUGAUUUGCUACGGUGUAGCUGAAUAUUUACAUCGAAAUGAGAAAUUGACUGAGGUUGCUGAAGAGGAAACUCGAUUGUAAUAAUGUAUCGCAAAUGUAUAAUUACUACAUAUAUAUUUAUAAUUAAUUGUGAUAUUUUUAAUGCAUUCAACAUUUUAUGUACUAUGAUAUUUCGUUUUUUCUUGAAACUUUCUAUUUCUCGAUUAACAAAAUUUCUCUCUCUCUAUAUAUAUAUGUCCGUGGCUUCUGCUGUAUCACACGCUCGAUAAAAUUUCGACAAAAGGAGUAAAUUGUAUUUUUUCGACAUAAGGAGAACAAGAGAACAAUGCUGAAAUACAUGACCACCAAAUGUUGCGCGUCGGUAGCGGUACGGUAAGGCCUAUAGCUGAGCAAUGAGUUUGACCAAAAGACAAUCGUGACAGAACAAAGUGUUCUUAUAUUAGAAAAGCGCUCCCAAGAUUAGAAAUAAAACAUUGAAAUCGAGAAACGACAAAUUAUCGGGUCUCUUAGGAAAAAUGUAAUGUAAAAAAAUAAUAAGUAAUAGACUUUGAAUUGUUUAAUCCAUCUUUAAGUAACAAAAAUUCAAAAUUGCGCGAAUUUACAACCUACAAGACAAACCUCAACAAUUUAACAAAACAAGACAUGUCUCCACUUCAUGUCCAACGAGUACCAAUAUCAGGAUGUAUCGCAUUGUAGGAGUUCUGUUAUCAAGCUAUUGGUGAAUAACAGUCACAAUCCACGGUUUAGAUUUUCUAACUAUUAGUUUUUUACACAUCCUGUCAAUAUACGACGACAGGGUCGCUAGAUUGUUACUUGGGGUUGAAAUGAAUUGAAAGAUGACGUCUCUUCACAAAGAGCGAACCUAAAUGUUAAAUUUUAAAGCACGCCGUUCCAUUUGACACUACCGAGCUCUUUCUUAAAUUAACAGUAUUGUUUCAUGAAAAAUAUUCAAUUAUAUUUACAUUUCGUUUAUGUUUUAUUGAUUUGUCAUAGACGACACAGUUUUCAUCAUAACACUAUUUCGAACACUCUUGCUAAAGAUUUUUACAUUUUCUGAGUAAAAUUUUGAGAUCGUUUAAAGCUAAUCGUUUUUUCUGAACGUCAUCGAAAUACAGAAAAGUUCCCUUUCUUGAACUCUAAAUGCGACGGCUUGAAUUCAAUGAAUUAAAUCAUAAUUUUUUUUAUAGUAAAUAGUACAAUGCAGAGAUUAGGACUCGAACAUACCGCAAAAAACUAAACAUCCACAAUGAAAAUUUUAGGAUGGGUUUCUGUAGCCUAAUAAUCAGACACUUCAGAAUUCUAACUUAAAAAUUGUAAAGAUACAUAAAGCGACAGAUACUCUUUAUUUGUUAUGAGAGUUUUGAAAAUUAAGUUUCACGUAAACUUAUUUCUAAACUAUGCGCUCUGAUCAAGCUCAAAACUUUGUAGAAAUCAUAACUGUACGUUCCUUAUCGAUCAAACAAUUGGGCAAUAUCGAUAUUCUUACCCUAAUACAUUCAAAAAUAUUUGAACUUUCUGACGCAAAGCUUCAAUAGAGUUCUUGUUUCAAUCCCGGUGCAUUUUACAGAUAUAAAAUUUUAACAUUAGUUUCUCAAAGACAUAUUAUUUAUAUUGUUUAACUUAGUAAGCUUCGCCCGAUUUUUUUUAUGUAAUUGCGAGCGUCACGCGCGCAAUUAUGAUUUUUGGAAUCUGCAAAAUUAUUGCUGCACCAUACGUUGCCAUUCACCAGUGACAAAGCAUAGGUAAUCAUUAACUAAAGUUCUAUUUGUAUGACCGAAUUAUGUCUACGUUUAUUUGAUUUGGUGGAAUUGAGAUUACUUUAGGUUUAAAGUUUAUUACAUUAGCGAAAAUACUUUGGGUUUAGACUAUUUAAAGGCGUUAUUGGACACGAAAUGAACAUACGGAUGGUUUUGGCAUUAUGUUGUUGUUGUUGUUUUUUGAUUAAAAUCAUGUUCUUUUUGUUAUGAAAAAAAUUUGCUUUUCUCUUAAAUAAAUGAACCUAUUGCUUUGACAUUUUCAAUGGUUAAAGAUUAAUGUUGUCUCUAGAAGGUUAAAACCUAUAAUUUGAUUCAA